AUGGACCGGCUGCAACUUGAGUUCACGAUGAUAGCCUCAAUCGAUGGCAAAUCUAAUAUAUUGGCCAUAACUUCAAUAUUGACAGAAGAAGGAAAAUGUUAUGUUUUACCUGAUGAACUGAAGCCGGUGAUUCAUCAUACAUAUAUAGUUAAAUUGAACACUUUUUCAAAAAUAAAAAAUAGUAUAAAGAAAAGGCACCAAAGCAGAAAGAUAUGGGUAAAAUUAGAUGAAGAUCUAAAGAAAACAUAUAUAGAUGAGGAAGGUAAUAUGCAAUUUUUAGAUCAAAAUUUAGAGGAAAUGAGCACAAAACAACCAAGAGGCAAUGAUGAUAAUUUGCAACAUAUCCUGGAAAAAUUAAUAGAAUCUACAACAAAAAAAGAAAAUCAACAUAAUUUAAAACAUGUUUCAGAGAAAUUUAUUAUCGAAAAAUUCACAAGUAAGAAUCCUAAUGCAGUGCAAUGGAUAGAGAAUUUUGAAAAAGAGUGUGAGCGUUUUAAUAUAACAAAAGAUGAAACAAAAAUAGAUAUAUUGAGAUUAUUUUUAGAAAACUCCAGUUUGGAUUGGUAUAGCUCGAUGGUAAUUAAACUAUCAGUAAAUUCUGAAUGGAAUGAAUGA